AUGGAGUACAGCUCGUUUUCCGGCGUCCAGGCUACGGCCGUCACCAUCUCCUUGUGCACCCCCGUGCGGCACUUGAGCUCCAGCUUCAUGGAGGUUGCGCCGCGCGCCGCCGACCCACCGUAGACUACACACUGAAGCCUUGGAGGGGCAAAAGCUGGACAGGCAACGAGUACCGAACGAUAUCCGACCGGAAACCCUUGGUUCUUCUGAUCUAGGUACAAUAGUGCUUCUCGGCGAUUGCUCGACCCUUGAAGUCACCAGGCAGACCGGCGGCGGAUUCCGGUGACGCGAACACUUUUGUGGCGAGACAGAAGAGAUAAGCUACUACACGCGUGUUACCAACAAGACAUAAGAGCCAGGGGCGCUAGGAUACACAGCUGCCCGCUCGGACCUAAAGGGCCGUAGCGGGCAUGGCGCAACAGGGGGCCACACUCCAAAACUAUAACAACGAGCUGGUGAAGUGCAUUGAGGACUUGAGGGAAAAGCGGGAAGAGGUCAACCGGCAGAUCUUAAAGGAGGAGGAGGAAAAAGCCAAGAUUCAGAAGGACUUGAGCAUCUUGACGGACCGGCUGAGCAAGAUCAACGAGAGCCUCGCGCGAAAGGUCCAAGCUAGAAAUGAGUACGAUCGCACCGUGCAAGAGACAGAGGCGGCGUACAUGAAGAUCCUCGAAAGUUCGCAAACCUUGCUGCACGUACUGAAACGCGAGACUGUCAACUUGACCAAGAAGAAGCAGGCAUCGGCGUAGUGACAGCCGGCUUCGGACUUGAACUCGGGCUCUUCGCUAGCUUUCUGGCUGCACAACGGAUUAUUCCGAUCAAGGGAUCUCGCAGAGAUAUUCAGCGGAAGCCCAAGCCUGCUGUUUCAGGGUGUGUAUAUUUUUGCUAUGAUUGAAAGAUCCUUUCGAGCUGUUGCUUGUGCCUGGGCUUCUCGUAACGAGCAGCAUUCCUAUGCUACCAGUACCUCAUCCAAGGAACUCGUAACCCGCGGUUUCGAGGCAUCCAUUGGAAGGUUUGGGGGUAUUGAUAGCUAGGCGAGUGGUUUUUGAAGAUUUUCGAGACUGUGUCAGUCGACAGCAGUAUUGCAGAAUCGAGGCGGCUGCUACGCUAAUCAGAAUUUGGAACAAAUGGGCGGUGUUACCGGGAUGGUGCCAACGAAAUAAACCGAGAAAUGUUUCAACCCGAUGAUUCCUGUGUCACAACGUCGACUUGCUGACUGGCGCCCCUCCCCCCACCAGUUGAUUUUUUUCAUCAUCUGUUUUACUUACCGCGGGGUGCUCAAGGUCGGAAGGUGCUGCCGCAGUUCCCCUUGAUUUGGCUUGCAGUAUUGAGGGGAGAAUUCGACUCUACUGCGUCUGUCGCUCAAGUCACCCUGAUGCCUCCGGUCGAUUUCCAUGGACGGCGGGAGGAGCAAGGACGUGCCUCUGCUGUUUGUGUAAUAAUGUAGUUCGUUGCUCUGUAAUUCGCCGCUCUGGGUGCCAGCUGUAUGGCUUUCAAUGUUUCUUCCAGUUUCUUCUUUCUAAAUCAGCAAUAGGUGGUGGGCGACUUCUGUGUGUUUGGAGUUUGGAGCGAUGUGGUGUUUGGUAUACUUCAAGGCGGGCGGUAUGCAAUAGUUCUUCCUCCCGUUCGACCGUACAAAAGCCCACCAGGCGGCCCUCCACUAGUACUACCGCCACGAGCCCUGCGCCUUCA